GCCGCUCCGCAGCCCCCUGCCCGGGCACCGCCGGCGGCCAACUUCGCCGGGGAGACCCGCGGGGGGGGGUAGAGCCGCCUGCAUCCCUCCAUCCAUCCCUGGUGCCGGCGGCGCCUCUCCCGCCCCCCCAGCUCUCCUCCCUCCCUCCCUCCCUCCAUCCGUCCCUCCAUCCCUCCCUCCUUCCCUCCACCCUCCCUCGUUCCCUCCCCGCCCGCCCCGUCGCCGAGCGGGAGCCGCCAGCGGUGCGAGCGGAGCCGGAGCCGGGGCAGCCGCUGCCGCCCCCCGCCUCGCCCGGCCCGGCCCGGCCCGGCCCGGCCCCUGCCCCUCUUCCUCCUCCUCCUCUUCCUCCUCCUCCUCCGUCCCGCCCAAGCCAUGAACUUUGGCCGCGGCCCCCCGGUGGUGUUGAACGUCGGGGGCACCCGGUACUCCUUCUCCCGGGAGGUGCUGAAGGAUUUCCCGCUGCGGCGGGUGAGCCGCCUGCACGGCUGCCUGUCGGAGCAGGACGUGCUGGAGGUGUGCGACGACUACGACCGGGAGCGGAACGAGUAUUUCUUCGACCGGCACUCGGAGGCUUUCGGCUUCAUCAUGCUCUACGUGCGGCACGGCCACCUGCGCUUCGUGCCGCACAUGUGCGAGCUCUCCUUCUACAACGAGCUGCUCUACUGGGGGCUGGAGGGCUCCCACCUCGACUACUGCUGCCAGCGCCGCCUCGACGACCGCCUGGCCGAGUCGCGGCCCUAUUACUGCCCCGAGGAGCCGGCGGGGGACGCGGGCGGCGACCCCCGGGCCAAGGGGCGGCGGGCGGCGGGGGGCGAGGGCGGCAAGUGGCUGGAGAGGAUGCGGAGGACUUUCGAGGAGCCCACGUCUUCCCUGGCCGCCCAGGUCCUGGCCACCGUCUCCAUCCUCUUCGUCAUCGUGUCCAUGGUGGUGCUGUGCGCCAGCACCCUGCCCGAGUGGCGGGCGCCGGAGAACCGCAGCGUGGAGGAGCAGAGCAGGUACACAGCAGAGUCAGUGAGGGAGCCCUCAGGGAUAAUUGAAGCUAUCUGCAUAGGCUGGUUCACUGCAGAGUGCAUUGUGAGGUUCAUCGUUUCAAAAAACAAGUGUGAGUUUGUCAGAAGACCUCUCAACAUCAUUGAUUUACUGGCAAUUACUCCUUACUACAUCUCUGUUCUGAUGACAGUUUUUACAGGGGAAAACUCGCAGCUUCAGAGGGCUGGAGUCACCUUGAGGGUCUUAAGAAUGAUGAGGAUUUUUUGGGUGAUUAAACUGGCUCGUCAUUUCAUUGGCCUUCAAACACUUGGUCUGACUCUGAAGCGUUGUUACAGAGAGAUGGUGAUGCUCCUUGUCUUUAUCUGUGUUGCUAUGGCAAUUUUCAGUGCACUUUCCCAGCUUCUUGAAAAUGGGCUGGACUUGGGAACAAAGAAUAAGGAUUAUGCCAGCAUCCCUGCUGCUUGUUGGUGGGUGAUCAUCUCUAUGACCACGGUUGGUUAUGGUGACAUGUGUCCCAUCACUGUACCAGGAAGGAUUCUCGGAGGAAUUUGCGUGGUUAGUGGCAUCGUUUUAUUAGCCUUGCCAAUCACCUUCAUUUAUCAUAGCUUCGUGCAGUGUUACCAUGAGCUCAAGUUCCGGUCCGCUCGGUACAGUAGAAGCCUCUCAGCUGAAUUCUUAAAUUGACCAAACUUGAGUUCUGUUGUAGUUACUUGCUAAGAUUUGUCUUAGAAGAUGAUGGUGGAAAGUCUCUUCACGUGUCCUCCUUGACUGGAUGGUCCUAUGGAACAACAUUCUUGCCAGCCUGGAGAAAGCCCGUCACCAUUCAGACAGGAAGGAUGACCACCUGCCUUGGGCACCUUGCAAGGAGAGAGAGUGAUGUUUCAAAUUUGAGAGAACAAUACAAGAGGAUUCAGAAGUCCUCAACCAGACCAGUUUGGUCUUCAGUUUGCCUUUCCACACACAAGCAGAACAAAAAAUGUGCUUAACAUUGAGAUUCGUCAUUCCCAUAAUUACAUCCUAUAUCAUUCAAAGCAAUGUGUAGCCAAAGUUUUUCAAAGAUUACAAAAUCUAAAUGCUCUCUAGAAGCAUCAUGCUUUCUUGCCUGAAGUAUCUCCACUUCUAACCCAGAUAACCAAACUAGAUACUUGAAGGAGAAUUGCUGCUACUUUUGAGCUUCACAGCACAGUACAGCUGGUUCUGUGACUUAGAAUAGAUGAAGAAUAUAGGUCAGUAGGGAAAAAAAAUCUUGAGGUCUGAUUCUGAUCUUUGAUGAAGCACACAAAUUUUCCAUUAAAAAAACAGUGAAGUAAGUGUCAUUAUUCUGAAUUUAUAAUGAAAUAACUAAAAAGAGUACAUAUGUCUUCGAACGUUGUAGCAAGGCCUUCCUUAACCAGAAUUACUUUCUUCUCUGGAACCAAAUCUUUAAUAGAAAUGUGGUACUUUAUAAAGGUCAGCAUAAAAAUUCAGGCAUCGAUAAAUAUAUUUUCUGGUAGCUUAGUGGGGGAGCUAUCCAAAUUUUACAUACACUCAGUUCAAAUUCAUCCACCUGAAAUUACGUAUUCAUAAACGUAUUUUUUGCCCAUUUAAAUGAACAUAUAUAUAUAUCAUAGUGAAAGUCCUCCAAGACCAAUUAUAAGAUUCCGUCACUUGAAACAGUCCGGAGAAAGCACUGGAAAACAAGAGUAGCUGCUCCCUGUCAGAUGAGACUCAUCAUCAUCUUUAAAUUCAGCAAUUCUUACAGAAGGAUACAUUCUACUUUCAUAGAAGUUUUCAAAACAACUGUAAAAAGCCCCAAAGAGAUUAAAGGCAGUAAAAUAUAGAAGUGUAAGUUGCGCUUGGCAAAAGGGUAUAUUCUCCAAUGUAACUAGAAAAUUAAAAUGAAUCAAGUUAGGUUCUGAAAUAUUUUUCACUACAUUUCUUGUGUAGUAGUGCUAAAUAGCCUUGUUCAGUAUAACUCUGAAAAGCUGCUGUGUAGAGCUGUGCAGUUGGAUACCAAAACAUAUUUAGGUACAGCUUUACAAAUUUGGAUACCAAUAAACAUCAUUAUUAACCUUGAAGUUCAGAGUCAUCGGCAUAGUUGAAUUUGAUGUGCUUGCCUGAAAAUAAUGCAUUUACUAUUACUGUGCUGUAAAAGCAUCUUUUAUAUAUGUAUUUGUUAACAGCUCUAGAAAUAAAAUGAGUACCACCUAGAAAACACACCUCUGGAACUGUUCACUCAAAUAGAAAUGCCACGUUGGUCAAUGACCGGUAUGUUGAAGGCUCUACCAUGAAAAGAGCACUCAAGACUUGAAAAGCUCAUUUAGCAUUUUAAGCGGUCUUAUUCUUAAGUAGUCUUAGGGAAUUACAUUGCAAAUACAAUUUUUCUGAAGACCUGAAAAGAACUUUAGUAGCCUCCUCACAGACAAGCUUGACAAUUCCUUCAGUAGUUUUUAAAGAACACGUUAUUAAGUAAUCUUACAGACAUUGUUUCUUGCCACUGACAUUCUGGCGUUCAGCUCUAAACUUCCCUAUACUGCUAUAUUUAUGCCUUUUGUAUCGAAAUUAUGUAGUUCAGGAACAUGCUCUUGCAUCCACAGAGAGGUAAAUAUCAGCAAAAAGUUCUGUCUUAGGUGAGAUUCACAGCUGAUGUUAGCUAGGUAAGUAGCAACUUCAGAGACACUUAGAUGUUUUACACCAGCGGAGAUGCUGGCUCUGUAUUCCUGCAUGUGUACCUAUAUAUAUCCUGCAUAUAUUAUACAUUAUUGUCAGUGGAAAUGUUUUCUCCUCCUUACAAAAAAAAAAUCCUUCUUGACAAAAUUGAAAUUUCAGACUUCAAUCCAAAUAGAGCUGAUUGAAGAAAAUGACAUUUUCAUCUUCUAAUGAAAAGUUUAUUUUGACAGUAUCAGAAAAACCCCCUUUUCAAGGAGAAAACCUGUAUUUUUUAUACUUUUCUCAAUUUUUUUUCCAUUAAAAAUUGAAAAAACCCACAUAAAAACUUUGCCCUACAGAUUUUCAUAUGCUGUUUUCCAAGUAUUAAUGCUUGGGAAAAAAAUACCAAUAAAACUCCUUAAAAUUGACUUUGUCUUUUGUCCUUGUAUUGUAUUUAACCAAACCAAUGGUCCGGGGUAGAAGCCUCCUCCCACAAAACACCCCAUCCUCAGGAUGACAAUAGUUUGAAAUCAGCACACAACACAAACGUACUUUGAAGUACGUUGCAAUCUUGAUUUCAAGACGAAAUAAAAUGCAUUGCAGCACUACAUGUAAAUCUAACUUUUUGUACAAAGAAUACAAACUAAUGCACAUAAUAACUUCUGAAUACCAAUUUGCAUCGUGAAUCAUUUUGUAUAAGCAAUUAAGGAUGCGAAGUUUUCAAAGAUGAACAGAUCCAGGCUAUAUCUGGUACACAAACAAAAUGAUCUUUUAUGAUUGUUUUCCAGCUAAAGAGUCCCUUCCCCAUGUAAAAAGAUUAUCUACUGAAAAUAACUGUGUAACAAAAAACGUCUGUGGAGACUAUAUACUUUUUUAAAACAGUUUGUGUUCAUUUUUUGUAUGGCAAAAUGUGGACAGAAUAACCUUUAUGUAUUUUUGAGUUAUAAUAAAAUAUUAUUUUGAAACUGCUCUCUUCAUAAGCCCAUUAAGGAGAGAUACAGGGUUAUUUAUUUAUUUAUUUAUUUUAAUUAUUAUUAUUUUUUGCUGUUGUAUUAUGGUCAUCAGUGUGUAGCCUUUAGUUUCCUUAGAAACCAAGUUGAAGUAACGUGAUCUCAAUGGUAACUUUAAAACAGAAUUUUAUAGUAAGUAAAUAGGGUACAUGUUACAUUUUCAAUGGUCAAUUUUCUGUAGUCUAGAAUAAGUGUUUCUUUAAACAGGUGACACUUUUACUGAAAGCGUACUUGAGACCACGUUUUAUGCAGAUAUUGGGUGCAGAGCUUUCUUUCCAAAUUACAGCAUUUCAAAGCCAAAUGAGGACAAAGUGGCUCAUUUCUAAUAAUUGCCAGUUUGAAGCCAACACAAAAAAUAUUUCAUGGAUAGUACCUCUUUCAUUAUUUGAAACAUUUACAGUUGGAACAAAUUAGAUAAAAUACAAAUAUAAUAAAACUAGGCAUAAAUAAAGAGAACUUACAUAAUUGUGACCCAGCUUGUCUGUCUAAAGCUAAACCCAUGCCAAUGAAUUUUGAACUGUCAUUAAACAUCUUGAUGACAGCAAAGGUUAAUCACACUUACAUACUAGGUUCAGUCCUUAGGACUGACCUACUGGGAACUGUAUAUUGGCUGCAGUCCUGCAAGGUGCUCAGUGCCACUUAAACACAUUUGAUCAUUACUGAGAUCACUGUAAUUGAAAGGUGCCCACAGUACAUUUUCCUUCUACAGUUCCACACAAAGCACCAUCCCCAAAAUAACAAAGAAUGGAAGGAUGUAAUUUCCUUUGAUGUAAGGCUAUAAAAUGAUACUGUUUUUAUGAACACCUUCCAAAAACCAAACAAAACAAAACAAAAAAAAACCAAAAUAUAAUUCAAUCAACUGGUGAUUUUAAAGUUUUACUAGCCCAGGGAUCAGACAUUCUAAUAUGUGAUAUUCAUUCUUACUGUACAGUGGUUGAUCCUGGUGUACACAGCAGUGGGCUUGAUGGAGAUAAAAAUCCUGUAUACCCACCUUGAUACCCACAUAUUUAGGGGAAAAGGUACAGGGUUUUAACAUUAUAUAUGAAAUUUGGUCCCCAUAGAGGAAUCAGCUUUUAGCUUUUUUAGUGUUCAGCCCUGAUGUUUCUGAAACAAAAUUCAAGUCCUUACAGGAUCAAGUCACUUGGUCUCUUCCCCUCUGUGUAGUGCCCACAAAACCGUACAAUUCCUAAAUGCCUGCCAGAAGCAGUGAUGCACAUGCAGCAGCCACUGAAUUCAGUAGUCACAGCAGCAAGUCUCCUGCCAGCCAGCAAGAUGAACAAGGACUGCUCUGCUCUGAAUUUUCUCCCAGAUAAGAGGUUCAGGAUAAAACUCCCAAUUAAAAUUUUGGCCUUUUGAUGUAGCUUGACUUUCUUAGUAUUAUCCUUCCAAAUGCGCUUCUGAGAUGUUUGAAGGAAAACAACCUUAGCUCUGCACAGCAAAAAAGAUUAUGUUGCUCUAUUAAAAAAAAUAAAA